CCAUUGAAAUAAUUGGAAUGGAAUCUAAAAGAGUGCAAAUUUCAGCAAUUUCCCUUCUCUUGCUCUUCUCCAUCACCUCUGCCUUACCAGGCACGAAAAUCCGAUCCCUAAAGCCAUGCAAAAGCAUGGUUUUUUACUUUCAUGACAUAAUCUACAAUGGCAAGAAUGCAAAGAAUGCAACUUCAGCCAUCAUAGGUGCACCAGCAUGGGGCAACAGAACCAUUUUGGCAGGACAGGACCACUUCGGGGACUUGGUCGUGUUUGAUGACCCUAUUACCCUUGACAACAACCUACAUUCCACCGCGGUUGGGCGAGCUCAGGGUCUAUAUGUUUAUGAUAAGAAAGAGAUUUUCACAGCUUGGCUUGGCUUCUCCUUCGUUUUCAACUCUACGGAGCACAGGGGCAGCAUAAAUUUUGCUGGGGCUGAUCCUCUGAUGAACAAGACAAGGGACAUUUCUGUGAUUGGUGGGACUGGGGAUUUUUUUAUGGCUAGAGGUGUCGCUACAUUGAUGACUGAUGCCUUUGAAGGUGAAGUGUACUUCCGACUUCGUGUUGAUAUUAAAUUGUAUGAGUGUUGGAAGUAAGUAUCCAUGGCCAUAUAUGUAUCCCAAAAUAAUGGUUCAUUUUCUUUGUAUUAUCAAUGAAGAAGCUAUGCAACUUUGUUUUUAAUAAAUAGCUAGGAGGGGAUGCAUCAAGCAUUUGUGCAUGCACCAUUUUUUUUUUUUUUCUCUUUUUCUUUUGUCCAAAUUACCCAUCAAAAUAAAAUUAAAGAAUUCAA